AUGGCCAAAGAAGUUUUAUUUAAAGACCCCUUGAUGCCAGUGGAGAAUGAUCCAAACCAAUACCGCCAGCGAGAUCUAUCCCAGACCCUGUUCUUCAGGGUGGCCUGCAGGACAUUUGGUCCUCCAAAAUCAAGAACGCGACGAAUCAUUGCUCCUCCAAUGGACAAAUUUGAGUCUAGGAAACCAAAACCUGAAGAGAUGGUUCUAGAAUCCCCUGAGAGCAGUGUCAAACCAGACACUGAUAAGAGGACACCGAUCCAUGGUAGAGAAUCCAGUGUGAACUGUGCUGAUUGGAUAUCAGAACGGAAGAAAUUUCGGACUCAGUUGGAUAAUAUGGGGGAUGUUGCUAAGUGGCUACAAGGAAAAUCCCUCCUCACUGAGCUAGAGGUCAGAAUGCAGGAGACAAUGUCAGAGGAAAGGUCAAAAAGCCAAAAAUCCCAGACGACAAUUCAGAAUGGGGUGAGUCAUGUUCAUAAUCUUACACCAUUUAAACUGACAGGGUUAUUUAUUAAAUUGGGAAUUGUCUGGAAUUAAACCUGACAAUUCAAAAUAAAUUUCAAAUUUAAGGCCAACAUUGCCAAAAUAGAAACAUUUUAAUUUUAACAUUCUAAAAGUCUAUUAUGCUUCCAUUUGAGCUGUUUUGCUCAAAAAUUGGAAAUUCUCUUGUAAUGCAUUUUAAAUUCCCAACAAUUCUCUUUAGAGCCCAGUGAAAGUUGUAUUUAAAGCUGCACUGCACCAUCUGCAGUCUUUGCAUAUUUAGCUAAGAUCCCAGUUGGUGACCGCUCCGCUUGGAGUGCGGUGGCCUUGGGAUGCAGGGGAAGGUAGGUUUUACUUAUCUGAAGCUGACCCUCCCGGCCACUGCCAUCUCCAUCUGUGGGACUCUCUUAAUCUCUGGCUCUACCAGCAGCUGAUUUCAGUGCUGUAUUCUUGUACAUUUUCUUGUAUUCUUGUACACUUUUGUCUAUGGAGGCUCCCGCACAGACAAUGCCAUUUUUUUUGGCCUUGAUUUGGUAUUUUUGGAUAACCUUUUUAAAUCAUUUUUCAACGUAUUAAAAUAUAAAAAAUAUAUUGUGAAAAAAACAUACUGAUAUUUGAUAUAAAAAAUAUCAAAAUAUUUCCAAAAUAUUAAAUCAUUUUAAAAGCUUAUUCAAAAAUAUUAUAUCAGGGCUUAUAUUUGGUGCUUGAUUUUCCUUAUGUCCCACAUAGCCCUGUGUCUCGUGACAGUUUAAACUCCCUUUUAAAAACUGAAAGUUAAGUAGCAGAAUGCAGCUAUAACUAUUAUUCUACAAAAAAAAUUUAAUUUGAUGAGACAAUCGUUUUUAUUGUUUCUGCACGGAAUGUUUGGCAUCACAGGAUUCCGAGCAGUAUGUUGUGAGAAGUCCGCAGAUCCAAUUUACCAAACCCACCAUCCAUCAGCCCAGCCCUGAGGCCCUGGGGAUGCUAGAUUCCUAUUUACAUCAGCGCCGGCUGCGUCUUGUGGAUCUGUACAAUCAGACAGACAAGAACAAGAGAAAGAAAAUCUCCAGCAAGGACCUUAAAGCUGUCAGGAAAGAGGUGACGUACUAUAAAUAUAUCUGAUAUUAAAUGCUAUUCUUACAUUGGAUAUUCCUGUACUCCUAGAUCAGUGCUGUGUCUAUGGGGAUAGAGGCUGAGCACCAGGAGUUUUUUGUAACUUCCCGAUAUACAUAACUUCUCUUUGCUGGCCACUACAUAUCAGGUUAUAGUCUGUGUAACUUCCCCCAUCAAUACCAGGUUUUGUUUUUUUACCAGUGCUAUAUGUGAUUGUGACUCUGGCUAAAUAGCUAGAAGUGAGAACUGGAAGUGAUGAGGUGCAGAAAUACAAAGUCCGCUUGCAUGGAUCUGCAAAUAGAAACAUAGAAUGUGAAGGCAGAUAAGAACCAUUCAGCCCACCUAGUCUGCCCAAUAUUUCAAAACACUUUUAAUUAGUCCCUGGCCUUAUCUUAAGUCUAGGAUAGCCUUAUGCCUAUCCCACGCAUGCUUAAACUCCCUUACUGUGUUAACCUCUACCACUUUAGCUGGAAGCCUAUUCCAUGCAUCCACUACCCUCUCAGUAAAGUAAUACUUCCUGAUAUUAUUUUUAAACCUUUGCCCCUCUAAUUUAAGACUCCUCUUGUCUGGCAGUGUUCAAGUAUUCAGUCUGGCUGAAAUCCAGACCAAAUUCAGGCUUAUUGGCCGCCUGCUCUGCAGACCCUAGACAUUUUUAAAUAGUGUGAACAAUGUCCGGAUUUUGCAUUCAAAAUAGGCCCUGUACAGCACCAAAUGGUUUUGCCCCAUUCAGUACGUGGCCCUUCGGACUUUUGUGAAUAACCAUGUCAAAAUACUGUUUGCUGGGAAUCAAACUGCUGCUCUCCAGCUGUGGUUGAUCUAUAAAAUCCAUAAUCCUCCACACCAAAUUGCUGGCACAUAUUAGUUAGAGCUGUAGCAAAUCCACAGCUGGAUGGAAGUAGUUGGGUGCCAAAAGCUUAUUCAUUAUAAGAAGAUCCCUGUGUUUCAUGUUUCCCAACAAACUUCCCUUUUGUACACCAAUAUUUCUAGGCCAAGUUACCCAUCAGUGAUUUGGAGGCUGAAAAUCUAGUUAUUUCACUGAGCAGUAAAAUGCCAAACAGUAUCAACUACAAAGAGUUGUCAAGAGGGCGAAACUUGUGGAGGAAGGAGAAUGCUGAAGAACAUAAUCGAAACAUUUCUUCCAAGUCAGGUAAGCAAGCUGAAAUUGGCUAUUGUACACUUAAUAUACAAUCUCUAUCCGUGUACCCAAAUUCUAGCAGGUGAUAGUCUAGUAUUUGCUAUUAUGGGAUUGAGCCACUAAAUUUUAACACUUGCAAAGAACCUUAGUCCUCCAAGUUAUACACUUACUGGACCUCUGUGUUUAAAGUCCUUCGGGGAAUACUAAGCCAAGACAGCGAGCCUGUGGAUAGUAGCACCAUUUACCUGGAGGGAGACUGUCAUGGGGGUAGUAGUAUGUGAAGGAGGAAAGAUGAGAAGCUCUGUUUGGAGAGAUUUGGUUUAUGAUGACAUGAUUUAGUGAGGAGGUAAGAGAUCAGGGAAGACAGAUGUGAGUGUCAUCAGCAUAAAAGUGAUAUUGAAAAACAAUUCAAAUGAUUCAAAGAAGUUAAUAAGUCUGGUAUAAAUAACUUUCUCAAGAAACCUGUAAGAGAAAGGUGUGUGGAAAUAGGGUGAUAGUUGGAUGGUAAAUUUGGGUUAAAGUGGGUCUUUUUGAGGAUUGGCAUUUUGGUUUUGUGUUGCAAGGUAACAUGAAAGACACAGGAUGGGUGGAGAUUUAAAAAUUUGGUAAAUGGCAAAGUAAGAAAGGACAUCCUAGAACAAUUGAUGUGAGGACGUAUGGUUGAGAGAACAAUAGUGGGGUGGGAGGAAAAAUUAAGAGAGUAGAAAUCUUCUUCUGUAGUGAGUAUGAGAAAGCGUAAAAUAGAGGAGGUGAUGGGGAUGAUGAGUGUGAGUGAGGUGGGGGGUGUUGAGAUCUCUUGUCGGAUUGUAGCAGUCUUCUCUGUGAAGUAGAUCUCAAAUAUUGGAGUGGUGUGCUGAAUGGAUGUAGGAUAGCCAUGUAGUGAAGCAAUGUGCUUAUGGACUUUCUAAUGCUCCUCUGGGCUAUAAUAGUUAUACUAUGAACAAUUGCUUAGUAGUGCAACUAAUUAAAUACCCAAACCAGUAGCAAUCAACCCCUGAGCCAAAACCAAAUUAUGAGAUUUUACAUCUCUGUACAGUGCAUUGACCAAUAAUAAGGGUGGUUUUACUGACUGGCUGCACAUUGGUGAACACAGUGAGAGGUUCUGCUAUAUACUAGAACAGAUUUUAGUGCUGUUUGUGGUUAACAUUGAUUUCAAGAUAACCGAUACUGGUAUACUGACUGGUACGUUUUUUUCUGUUCCUGUAUAUGCAGUGGGUUACAUUAAGUCUCAAGAAGGCCGGAGACACUUGGACAGGAAAAAAAAAACCACAUCAGCAUUAAGUGGCUCACAGGCUAUUCCUGAAAGUACAAGUACAGAAGCUCCACUGGACCACAGUGAUCAAACUGUCUGCAGCAAAUCCCAGUUUCUGGAAGUUCCACCAAUUAACCUGGGAGAGAUGAGACCGCUCAGUUAUGAGGACAUGGAAGAAAUCGGAAAGAUGUACAAAGAGAGAAAACGCAGGGCAAAAGUAAGUAAUGCUGCACAUUUUGUCAUGCUGCACACAUUCUAAGGUAAGCAAUCCAGCAUGGAAACAGUUCAAACAAAGGAUUCCCUGUAUGCCACAACAGGUGGAAUGGUGUGGGUCACUAACCAAUAACCAUGAAUGUUGGCUGUGCAUGGAGGUAGACAUUAUUUAGUUGUGAAAGAAUGCAGUGGUCUCCAAUAAAUUUUCAGAGAGUGAAGAAGGAUGUUAAAAGAGUAAAAGUUUGUCAAGCAUUUGGAUAAUCUGUAGUUUGGACACAGGGUUUAUAUACUAUACUGGGACCAGAAGACACCUGACAUGGGAGCUGCAAAACUUAGGCUAAAGUGGCCAAACUGGAAAAAUACACAGUUUUCAUAUUGGUUAAGAAAAAAAACACAAGGAAGAAGGCAAAUGAGCUGUUUGUGUGUUUCUUUUCACCAGAGUAAUACUCGGCUCCUGGACUGGUUGGAACAAUGCCGCUUAGUGCGCAGUGGGAACGCUGCAGUUGACUCUCACUCUCUGCCAUCUACAGUGGGGGAGGAGAUGGGAGAUUUAGUGGAGCAACACCGAAGGCAGUGUUUGCAGAACUACCACAAGAUCCUGAAGCUGUGCCAGGAAUACAGAAUUCCCCUCUCUGAGAGAAUCCUGGAGAGAGGUGAGAACAGUGAUGCUUCAUGCUUGGUUAUUGAUAUUCUGUCACAAAGACCUAUUGUUUUUUCUUUUGCUUUCAUUUAUCUCAUGAUUUACUGCUAAAACAUUGCUGUCAAAACAAACAAAAUUGAGAGUUUAACCCCUUAAGGACUGAACCAGUUGUACACGUUGUGAUCAAAACAAAACGUUAACAAAAACUGGAAUUUGCGCUAUAUGUCUGUUCAACUGUAAUUCACCUUUUUCAUAUUAAGUGCACCCACACUUAUUAUGUAUCAUUUUAUUCCGGAGAAACAGGGCUUUCAUUUCACAUGAACUAUUCGUAUAUGAAACCUAAUUCAUUAUGAAAAAGUCUAAAAGAAAGUGUGAGAAAUUAAGAUUUUUUUUUUUAAAUGUUUUAGUUCUGCGUGGCAUUUUAACUGUGAACACUGGCCAAAUUUAGCAUUUAUAUUUGUUUGUGUGCUAAAAAUGCAAAAAACUAUUAUGAACGCUAACUUUGGCCAGUUUUUGUGACUAAGUGGCUACUAAAGACUGAACAUACCCCAUUUGCCUACUUUGUCUACUUUGGCAUUCAAAAUUCUCUUAUGUUGAAAUAUUACAUAAAUAUACACAUAUAAUUGAAAUCUAUAAACAUAUUUAUAUAUUUGAAGUCUACGUGUAUAUUUAUAAAGUUAUUUAUGUAAUUAUGUGUAUGGAUAUAUUUACAUUGUGUAUUAUUUUUAUAUAUACAUAGAGAUAUAUAUAAUUUAUUCUAAGUGUAUUUUGCUAUGAAUAUAUAUAUAUAUGAAUAUAUAUUCAUAGCAAAAUACACUUAGAAUGAAAUUACAUAUAUGUAUAUUUUUUAAAAUGUUUGUAUCUUUUCAUUUAUUUUUAUUUAUUUACCUAUUUAUUUUUUAUAAUUAUAUAUAUAUAUAUAUAUACACAUACAUACAUACAUACAUACAUACAUAUAUAACCGAACACCGCACGAAACACACUUUAUUUUACAUUCUCAUUAAAAGUACCAAAUACAUAUUAGGGAACAAAAUACCGAAGGACCGGUGCUCCCGAACAGCCUGGAAGUCCAGCAGUGUUUGCGCCGUUGAGUAGCCAUUUUUAGUUCCAGGCGCUCAACGAUCAAACACCACUGGGCUUACAAAGGAUCCAAGAUGGCUGACCGCCGCCUAGUCGGUAGCCGAACGACGGCCACCCAGGAAAGCACUUAACUACCGAUUGCUAAAGUCACUGUUCGUGAAACUACCAUAUGAAUGCUAGCGGCUUUCGGACGUUAGCAUUGGAAUACUCUUUUUUUGCAAAUACACGACUACAUUCGUACACACAAUAAAAGCAGACAACCUUCUGAUGUUAUACAGUAAGCCUUAAAGUGGCUAGGUUUGCCACACGUUACAUUCUUAAAGGGGCACUAUAGGCACCAAACAAUUCUCAAUGGUUCAUUGCUGAAUUCUCUGCCAUUUAGGAGUUAAAUCACUUUGUUUAUACACCCCUAGUCACACCUCCCUGCAUGUGUCUUACACAGCCUUCCUAGACACUUCCUGAAAAAACAAAACCUAGAUAUUCUAGGUUCCUUUAUUGCACAGUCUGUUUAAUUUAGAAUUUAUCUCCUGCCCUGUUAAUAGCCUCCUAGACCCAGCAGGAGCCUCCUGGUUGUGAUUAAAGUUAAUUUUACAGAGCAGGAGAUAAACAUUUUAAAGUAAGUUACUUUAUCAUUUAAAGUGAAUACAUUUUUGCUGUGUGAGUCAUACCAAGGGGAGGUGUGGUUAGGGCUGCAUGGGCAGAAACAACUGUGAUUUAACUUAUAAUGGGAGAGAAUUGAGCAGUGGAAUGAUCUAUACACCAAAAAAAAAAAACUGCAGGGGAAUGAUCUAUACACCAAAACUGCUUCAAUAAGCUAACGUUGUUUUGAUGCUUGUAGUAUCCAUUUAAGAUCAGCAGCUUCCAACUCAACUUCCAGCACAAAUGUAGUUUAGUUUUUGUUAGUAUAUCCAAUGGAACAAAAUAGGGAAAUGCUUAAUCCCAAACAGUUUGCACAGUAUCAUUACAACACUUUGUCAUUACACAACAUGUCAUGUUGUGGACUGUAAGAGCCAACAUCCUUAGCCACUUAUUCAAGUGUUUCCUAUAUGUGUCAGUAUAGGUGUUUAUUUAUAUAUAUAUAUAGAUAUAUAUAUAUAUAUAUAUAUGUGUGUGUGUGUGUUUGAAGACUAACCUCACAAUAGGUUAGUCUUCAAACUAAAAGAAAUUGGUCUAGGUCAAUAUUCUUGUUCUUGGGUAGAACAUUGGCUUAAGGAUAGAGUACAUCGAGUUGUCAUUAAUGGUACAUAUUCAGGCUGGACAAAAGUGGUAAGUGGUGUCCCUCAGAGUUCUGUUCUGGGACCACUUUUAUUUACCAUAUUUAUAAAUGAACUUGAAAUAGGCAUUGAAAGCCAUGUUUCAGUGUUGGCAGAUGACACAAAACUUUGUAAAGUAAUAAAAUGUGAGCAGGAUAUUGCUUUGCUGCAGCAGGAUUUGGAUAGAUUGGGGGACAGGGCAUUAAAAUGGCAGAUGAAAUUUAAUGUAGAGAAAUGCAAAGCUAUGCACUUCAGGGUCAAGAAUGCAUAAGCAACUUACACACUAAAUGGUAGUGAAUUAGGGAUAACCACACACGAGAAGGAUUUGGGAAUUGUUGUAGACAACAAAUUGGGCAGCAAUAUGCAAUUUCAAUCUGCAGUUGCUAAGGCCAGAAAGGUGUUUUUUUUUUAUGUAUAAAUAGGGGCCUAAAUUCUCAGGAUGAAAAAAUAAUUUUGCCUCUUUAUAAAUCGCUGGUAAGACCACACCUUGAAUAUGCUGUGCAAUUUUGGGCACCUGUUCUAAAGAUAAAGGAUAUCAUGACACUAGAAAAAGUGCAGAGACAAGCUACAAAAUUGAUAAAAGGAAUGGAGCAUUUUAGUUACAAAGAAAAGUUACAAAAUGUAAAUCUCUUUAGUUUGGAAAACGGCACCUCAGAGGGGAUAUCAUGAUGAUGAUUAUUAUUAUUAUAUUUAUAGAGCGCCAUCAAAUUCCGCAGCGCUUUACAAUGGGUGGUCGAACAGACAUGUAGUUGUAACCAGACAAGUUGGACACACAGGAACAGAGGUGUUGAGGGCCCUGCUCAAUGAGCUUACAUGCUAGAGGGAGUGGGUUAAAAUGACACAAAAAGGUAAGGAUAGUAUUAGACUAGUGACAGUUGCAGAAGAGGAAUCAGUCAGGAGCUAUUAACAGUUUAAUUGAUACGCUUUUAUGAAGAAGUGGGUUUUUAACGAUUUUUUGAAGGAGUGGAGACUGGGUGAGCAUCUAACGGAUGAGGGAAGCGAGUUCCACAGGAACGGUGAAGCCCUCGAGAAAUCUUGAAGGCAAGCAUCAGAGGUGGGAGUACGGACAGAAGAUAGACGUAAGUCUUCAACAGUUGUAAGGGCCUAGACGGGACAUACUUGUGUAUAAGGGAGGAUAGAUAGGUGGGAGCAGCAUUAUGUAGAGAUUUGAAAGCAAGAACCAGAAUUUUAAAUUGAGCUCUAUAUUUUAUAGGAAGCCAAUGUAGGGACUGACAGAAGGAUGAGGCAUGGGAGGUGCGGGCGGACAGGAAGAUGAGCCUCGCCGCCGCAUUCAUUAUGGACUGUAACGGCGCAGGUUGGGAGCACGUGAGACCACUUAGAAGCGGAUUACAGUAGUCAAGGCAAGAAAGGACAGUGGAAUGGACCAACACCUUAGUCGCAUCUGGCGUUAAGUAGGGGCAGAUGCGCGCAAUGUUUUUGAGAUGGAAAUGACAGGAUUUGGCGAUAGAUUGAACAUGAGGCUUGAAGGAGAGGUCGGAGUCAAAGAGAACACCUACGCAGCGAGCCUGCGUGGUGGAGCUGAUGGUAGCACCAUUGACUUGGAGGGAGACAGACACAGGAGUAACAACACUUGAGGGAGGAAAGACCAGAAUUUCAGUUUUGGUAAAGUUUAGUUUAAGGAAGUGGGCAGCCAUCCAGUUAGAAACAGCAGAGAGGCAGUCAGAGACACUAGUCAAGAGGGACGGGGAGAGAUCAGGAGAGGACAGGUAGAUUAUACAAAUAAAUUCGGGGCCAGUACAAACCAUUAUCUGGAAAUCUAUUCAUAAACAGGGCUAUACAUAGGACACGAGGUCACGCAUUCAGGCUGGAAGAAAGGAGAUUUCAUCUAAGGCAAAGAAAAGGGUUUUUUUACAGUAAGAGCAAUAAGGACAUGGAAUUCCCUGCCUGAAAAGGUGGUUUUAUCAGAGUCCAUACAGAUGUUUAAACUGCAAUUGGAUAAAUACUUGCAAAAACAUAACAUAGGGGGAUAUAAUUUCUAAUUAGAGGGUUAAUACCUGCUUGAUCCUAGGAGAGAUCUGACUGCUAUUUUGGGGUCAAGAAGGAAUUUUUUCCUAGUUUGUUCAACAGCAAAAACAUAUGUGAGGAAGGCUGAACUUGAUGGACGCAAGUCUCUUUUCAGCUAUGUAGCUAUGUGUUUUUUUUGUUACUGUAUGUGUAAUAUAAUGCCACCUCCAACCCCCGUUGAUAGAAUUUGUUUUAUGAAUUCCCUUUAUCACGUUUCUUACUGAACAGCCUUGUUGUUCCCUGGAGACAAACUGAUUUCUGCCUCAGGACAGCAUUUGCCAUUGCGACAACCCGGAACAGCUACUUUCAGCCUGAAGGAUCUCACAAAACCUAAGAGUACAGGAAAGGAGGACUCUCAGUGUAGCCUUGAAAUUGACACUAAGCUUCAGAAGAGGUGAGCUCACACACUCACUAUAUUAUGCAUCACCUGCAUAUCUCAAGUUGGACUUUGAGAUCAUGUUUGCCUAACUAUCCCAGAGUUCCCAGCUUGACAUGUAAAUAAGCACAUAAAUGCAUCAUGCUUAAGACUUCAUACUGCAUAUCUGCAGAUACCCUUAGCAAUGGACACUGUUUUAAAACACAGCUUCUUUUAAACCAAAGUGUGGUCUAUGGUCCCACAGGACCCGUAACCAGAAACCAGCCAUGGACUGCAGUUUUGAUCUUAUAGUCUCAUGACAUGGCUGUGGUUUUGGUCUGGAAGUUAAAAUAUCUCUGAGAGCAUAUAGCUAGGUACCAAAAAUAUUGUGUUGAGACCAAACACAACCCUUCCCCACCCCAGUGCAAAUAGAAAAAAUACUGUUAUGCAUUACCAUCAUAUCUCAAGUUAGACUUUGACAAGUCAUCCUUGUGGACAGAAACUCAAGAAGUUGUGUUUUUAUAAUUAUCCCACAGUUCCCAGCUUGACAUGCAAAUGAGCACAGGCAGGGAACGUACUUCAUACUUUUAUUGUAUCUAAGAUACCUUUAGCAAUGGAUGCUGUUUUAAACACAUAAACACUGACUGCGCAGGUGAUUCAUUAGAACCAAAUUCUGUCUUUCACCCGCAUUGCAUAGACAACAAUUUGAUGAACAAAAAAUAAAUGUCUCUAAUGCUCUCUGCCAGUCUAAAAAAAAUGUACAGACUUUAUAAAUCAAUAAAAGAAAAAAAAAAGGCAUGUUACGUGUGCCUACAUAUUUGCAUGUUUCUAAAUGGGUUCUUUAAUUUAAGCCAAAGCUUUACAGUUCCAUCACUUUAGCAGCAGAUAACAGAUAAUUAUACUUUAAACAGUUCAAAGUCAAAAACAAAACUGUGAAUUUAAUAAAAUGCAUUCUUCUCAUUUUCACAGUGCUCUCACAAUCUCUGUCAUUUUGUCUGAAACAUCUUUUAUAUAAACCUUUCUCCGUUUGUUUUUUGCUACCAACUUCAGCAUUCCCAGCCGGACACCGUACCCCCCGAAAUCUUAUGUAAGGAAGGUGAAAACCAAAGUGAGGAGUAACUUGAAGAACAAGACUGACACAUUGAACUGCUGGAUCACGUUUGAGAAGUUCCAGCAGAUGACCUGGUCAGUCCAGCAGUGUAUUGCUGAUUUAAUUUAAAGCAGUUUGAUUGGACACCCAAAUAUAAGAGCUAUCUUCUAAACUCACCAGAUUCUGUAAUUGUAAGUUAUUCAACAUUUAGCUCAAAGGAUCUGAAGGUGAACUCUGGAGUAUUGAACCUGGAAUGAGCCACUGCAAAGGACAAUAUCCUUCCUAGUUCAGUGAUUAUAUAAAGAAUAUUUUAGUUCCAUUGACAGACACACUAACGUUUUCAAUAUGUAUGUAUAUAAAUAUAUAUGUAUGUGUGUGUGUGUGUGUGUGUAUAUAUAUAUAUAUAUAUAUAUAUAUAUAUAUAUAUAAUAUGAAACGAGGGGGUUGGCUGCACUCACCUGAACAUGCAUAAAUGGAGGUGCUGCUGAGGGCCAAAUAAUACAAUACACAAGUGAGUGCGCUGGAUCUUGUGUGUGUGUAUAUAUAUAUAUAUAUAUAUAUAUAUAUAUAUAUAUAUAGUGUGUGUGUGUGUGUGUGUACUGUCAUACAUAGAAUGCUCUCAUUGCUUGUCUCAUAUUUUCCACACAUUUCCCUCACAAUCUGGUCCUGAAUCACUGGUGGACAUCAAUCAAAGAAUUUUCUAUAAAUAUUUCCAUUACCAAUAACGUUAUGUUUUUGUUUCCUCAGUAACUUGCGAAGGAGGUACCCUCACUGCUUCUUGACCUCUGAAGAUAAUGCCUUUUGGCCAGGCCAACUUCUAGACAAACUUCGUAUCUACCUUCCCCAAGCUGAGCCAAGCUAACCCAGACAUCCAUAUCAGAAGAACAGUACAUUCCACAAUCUCAUCAUGAGAAAAGACAUAACAAAUAGAAUAGUAAGGGACUAUUGGCUACUUUAGUUAUCACGAGCAGACAAGUUGCCAUUCUUAGUAGCAAAUUCUACAUUCUUAUUAAACCUAUUUGAUUUGAUUUGUCAUUCGUAUAUUCAUACUUGUAGCUAGUAUGGUGUGAUAGGGUGGUGCUGAGAUACAAUCAGUAUUAUAAAGUGAGAAGUAACAUUUCCAAAAUGUUUUACGGAUGUAUCUCUGUUUUGCAUGUAUCUAAGUGAAGACAUAUUAUACCAAGUUGCUUACAGAUUUCACAUAUGGUAAGGAACAACAGAAAUUGUGUGCUUUACGCUCAGACAGAGCUGUUACUCCAACACUAUAUAGCUUGAAUAAUGUAAAGUGUCUGAAUUCAUAGCUCUUUGCCCCACCCCCCUCAUUUUCACAUUUCUAUUUUGUACUAUUAAAAAUAAAUUAUUUAUUUUUUCUACUUGUUUCAUGCAGUUUAUGAACUAAUUCUGAUAGUCAUAUUAAAAUUAUGUGACAUUGUCCAGUUUAUUCACUAAAGUGUUUGACGUGCAUUAAACUUAAAACGUUACGAAAAAAAUUGCAAACUGUAAACAUAUCUGACUGAGAAAAUUUUUACAUUUCAGCUACUAUGUUUUAAAUUUUACAUUUCGGCUAUAGGUUGCUUUAUUUGGCAAAACAAAAGGCCACGGGUCUCGAGAUACGUCCUGUAUCGCUCUAAACGGAGAGGGGGCCUAGGUCUCCCAAACUUAUUUUUCUACUACCUGGCGGCCCAAAUGUCGCAGGUGGCGCUCUGGCAUUCACCACUCGACGAGCGGAAAUGGGUGGAAAUCGAGACGCUCAUGUCGGGGAUAGACCUACCCCAAUUUGUCAUGUGGACUCCAAAGGAGAAUAGACUCCUGACCAGGGCAGCAUGCCCUGCAGUGGCGAAUUCCCUCAGGCUGUGGGACAAUUACGGGAAGAAAUAUGGGUUGGCAUCCUCCCCGUCUCCCCUGGCGCCCAUCUUACGUAACAAAGCUUUUUAUCCGGGCAUAGAAGCACGAAAUUUUCGAAAUUUAGAAAGAGCGGGCCUACAGAGGCUCCACCAUUUAUAUUGAGGCACCGAAAUGGUUCCAUCUGAUGAGCUUAGACAGGGUAGACAUCUGACACCAACAGAUUUUUUCCGCUAUAUACAGAUUAGAGACUUUGCAGCCCAACCACACAUAAAGGACGCAGCGAUAAAACCCCUGACCUUUUUUGAGCGUAUGUGCACCUCCGAAAACAUACCCAGGCGACUGAUCUCAGCACUGUAUAUGCACUUCUGCACGGAGUCCGGGGAAAUGGGGGGCUUAGCAUAUACCGAGAGAUGGGAGAAGGACUUGGGAGAAGAGCUAGAGGGGGUAGAAUGGCAGGAGAUAUGGGAGGCGAACAACACCUCCUCCAUUUGCGUGUGGCACCAGGAGCAGGCAUUUAAAACAAUGUUUCGCUGGUACUCCACCCCUGUAACCCUGUACAAAAUGCAUAAAACUACGUCGGAUUUGUGUUAGCGGGGCUAGGGGAACGUAUUACCACAUGUGGUGGGAAUGCCCCAGAGUAGGGCAGUUUUGGGCGGAAGUGCAUAUAACCUGGUGCGACAAGUGUUCUCCAGGACAACCACGUUGGAUCCAUGGGUAUACCUCCUCAGCAGAUCGGUCAAGGGGUGGACGCGAAAGGAGCAACAGCUGCUACAUAAGAUCACGCUAGCGGCGAGACAGGCUGUGGCCUUCAGGUGGCUACAGCAGGAGCUACCGCAGAUUAUGAAUGUGAUAGAUAGGAUUAAAGACAUGCGGGUGAUGGAUGAUCUUACGGCUAGGGUCAGGGGCACCUCUAGGACCUUUCAACGGGUGUGGGAGCCGUGGGAUGGGUCCCGGUGGGGAGAUGGUUGGGGGAGGGGCGCGACCUAGGACAUGGACUGAGGUGGACGUGGGGUGGGUGCAGUUUUUUUCGGCACAACGGGACUCCUGCUCCCCGGCCUCUCCCCCCCCGCCCCUCGGCCUCCCGGGCUGGUGCCCGGGGCCGCCUUGCACCCCCCAUUGUGUUUGUGUCCCUUGCACACCCCUUGUGUCUGUUGCAUCACGUGUCUCUAGCACACCCCUUCCAUUUACCUCCCCAUGUGGCUUUUACCUCCUGUUGUAGUGUGGCAUCGCAGACAGCGGUAGAGGAUCUACUUUAUUCUAUAACCGUUUUGACAGUAAGCUGCUCGGUGCUCCUAGGAUUGGACUGCCACCCCUUUCCCCUAUUGUAAUUGGUCAAACUGUUUUAGAACAGACUGCUUCUUACCUGGAGUCUUCUGGAUACUGCUCCAUGCCCCCUCUUUGCAGACAGGAGAACUGGGAAACUCUUGCCUAGGAGCUUUCAUUAGCUCUCCUGUGCUAAGCCCUGCAGAUUGCUAGCUCUUUGACCACCGGUGCCAAUUAGAUCUCAUGUAAGAAAUCAAGCCAUUCUGCAUUCGGGGGUGCCAGGCUGUGAGCUGCAGUGAUUUUGGUGCUUGGAGUAUUCCUUUCAGAGAGACAUCUCAAAUGUAGUUUUAAAUAAAUUGCUCUAAACCUUGAGUUGAAUGAAAAGGGUAAUUUCAUCAACUGUUGUGCAUGGAGCAGAAGGACUCCAAUGGGUGAGCAAGGGGUUGCUGUCCGAAUUAUUAUACAAAGAGCCUAAGGCACAUUUGGGCCCACCCAGUCUUUAAUCAGGGCUCAGUGGGAUACAGAUAGUAUAUGCAAUGCCGAAACUACAUAGGGCACAUUAGCUGUUAUGAACAAUGUUGCUCCCAGGGCUGCUGAAUGGGACCUCGCAGCUGCCUAACUUGCUUUAGUGCUGACUGACCUGUCGAAUCCUCGGUCCUUGACCAAAGGCCCGACACAGGGAGGGGGCCCCGCAGCUUGACCUGUAUGCCACCAGGUCCUAGGCCCCUCCAUUCAGUCUGCCUGGGGGAGAGAGCCCAUAGUCUCCAGUCAUCAGCUCUUCCGGGUGUAGAGCUGCAGACCAUGCCAAACACUGGCCAAACAGAGCAUUGACGUGUGUUACCACAACAACGCUCUGAUUUUCCGAGCUUGCGAGACACUUGCCACUUUGUCUGUAGCUCUGCACCCGGCAAAACUGCAGACUGAAUACCAAGGCCACUAUACCACCAGGGAAUUAGAUACUUUAAAAAAAGGUAUUUUGGUGUGGGGAGGCUGGUCAUUGAAACAACAAAACUGUCACCCCCCCCCCACACACACUGUCAUCCCCUCACACACUCCUUGUCAGCUCCCCACAAACUUUUAUCCCCCCGUACACUCAUUGUCACCCCUUCAUCCAGCCACACUAACCCCCUAAUCCUGUCACACUCAUGUUAUCUCGCACUGUCACACACUCACCCCCCUUCACCCUGCUGCACUUACCCUAUCACAUUAAUCCCUCCAGUUCUGUCCUCCAACCGUGCCACACUCACUCUCAACGUCACUCUCCCCCCAACCCUGUCAUACUCACCCCAAUCCUUCCACAGUCACCCUGUUACAUUAAAGCUUCUAAUCCUGUCACACUGACACACUCACCUUGUCGCACUCACCUCCUCUAGUUCUGUCACACUCCCGCCUCCAACAAUGUUACACUCACCACAACCCAAUGUUACUCAACCUCCCAACCAUGCCACACUCACCCUGUUACUUUAACCCCUCCAAUCCUGUCACACUCCCUGCUCCAACCAUGCCACAUUCAACACCAACCCUGUGAUACUCACCCCCACAACCAUGCAGCACUGUUUGUGGGUGUAUAUGCAUGUGCGUGUAUCAGAGUGUGUAUGUAUUAGUGUGUAUGUGUUAGUGUUUUCGUGUCUAUGGCUGCAAUGUGAGGGUGGUAUUGUACACAGGGCUGUAUUUGCAGCGAGGCAAACAAGGCAUUUGCCUAGGGCGGCACUUUCAGGGUGCCACCCUAUGUGUCCAGGCAAGUGCUUUGUUUGCCUCAUGUCCUGGGGGGGAGCGAACGGUGGCCAGCUGACAGUCCCCUGAGCUCUUCCUGCUCCCUCAUGCACCCUUUUAUGAUGCUGGAAGCCGGAAUAUGACUCUGGCCCCGGCGGUGCGCAAGGGAGCAGAGCAGGAAGAGCUCAGUUCCCUCACCCCUUCAUUAAGCGCCCGCCCACCCAGCCGAGCCCACCCACCCAGCCUGCAGAAGCCAGCAGAAGCCAGCAGCCCCAGGAGUCUGUCUGUCUAGCCAGCAGCCCCAGCAAGGAACCCAGCUAGCCCAGCAAGGGUGAGUGUAUGAGAAAGUGUGUGUGUGUGUGUGUGUCUGUUUCUGUCAGUGUGUCUGUGUCUGUCAGAGUGUGUCAAAACAGUGAGGAUGUUUGUCAGUGUGUGUCUUUCAGUGAGUGUAUGUCAGAGUAUGUGUUUUUGAGAGUGUGUGCCUGUCAGUGAGUGGGUGUGUCAGUGUGUGUGUGUGUGUCUGUCAGUGAAAGUGUGGGUUGCUUGAACAGUGUGUGUGCCAAUGACUGUGUAUCUGUCAGUGAGUGUAUGUCAGUGCCUGUGUCAAUGAGGGCAUGCGUCUGUCAGUCAAAAAAGUGGCCUUGACACAAAGUGGUGGUGCAAAUUUAGAUUAGGGGGGGUGCCUGAAUUUAGUCGUGCCUAGGGCAGCACAAAUCCAAGAUACAUCACUGAUGGUUCCGGCAAUGCAAAGGUAAAGUGACAACAUAUAUAAUAUACAUACAUAUUCAAUACAUGGGGCAACACCGACAUAUAAUAUAGGAUAAUAUACAUAUAUGUGAAAGGAUUAUAAAUUAUGUGGUGAAAAUAUCUAUGUUUUAAUAUCUAAUGAUAUUAUGAAGUAAAUUGGGGUGGGGGGGAGGGGGAAUGAGAGGGUUUAAACCUUUUUUGCUCAACCAAUUGCAAUUUAAUUUUGUUUGCAAAUUAUGCCAUAACUACAGUCAGAGAGGUCACAACAGUGAGCCACAACACGACAAGCCUCUGAAUGGUAAAUACAGAGACUAGCCCUCUGUAUCCAGUGCUGCAGGCCAGAACUUCAAUAUAAGUACAGCUCAUUAUACACACACAAUGCAACCCCUAUUUUCCCCCCCACUAUGGGUGUUAGUAAGGGUCUCAUGUUUGAAUUUUGCCUAAGGCAUCACAAAAUCUAUAGCCGCCACUGCCUAGACGUAUGCUAGAAUAUAAAUAAUAUAUAAUCUUUGAAAGUUACAUGGCAAAAACGGGAAGUGUUGUUAAACUAUUAAAAUGUAUCUGGUUCUGGUGUGAAAAUAGCCUUAGUCAUUAGUCACACCUGAAACAUCAGAAGGCUGCAAUACCAGCAGGCGCCGCUGCUGCUUUCGGCGCUACGUUACUUCCGGGCGGUCUAGGCUGCCCUUUAUCCAGCCCACCUCCUCUCACUCUCUCUCUUCCUCAGGCCGUCUGCGAAGGAGGCGGACGUGUCGAUCCGGUGAGUGAAUCCGUUUCCAUCUGCCUAUUAUUCCCGGUAUCCCAGCCCUUCUAAUCACCUAGAAUGAAUGCUCACCCUCUAAUCUAUGAGUGUGUGCCGGUAUUUUUGCAGGGAUUCUCCCAGUUUAGGGGAUGCUUGCUGUUAAUGGGGCCAUGUACCUUUUCUGAUAUUUCCUUGCCCAAAAUGGCGGCUCACACUGCGCUAGGCCGCACUCCCUAUUAACAUGCCGGCUCAGCCAUGGACAGACCGUGUGCUUUAUACAUUAUACACAGGGGCAGAGUGUUAGUACGGCCAUUUAUUAUCUGUGCUCAGAAAUGGGCUGCUGUGAUUUGUAGCUAAUCCCUGCAUUAUCUGUUAUAGUGCCCCUAUGGUUACCCCCUCUCUAUAUUCUAUACAUGGAAUUCCACGUGUCACUCUGCCACAGUUAAAUGGUUAGUGUCAGGAUACUAAAUACAUCAGUGGAUCCCAAACUGUCCUCAUGGAACAUCAGCAGUCCAGGGGUUCUGUAUUAUCCUAUUUAAUGGACUAUUGGCUGCUCUUGUACUGGUUUGAAAGAAGCACUGUCGUAUAUCAUUAAUCUCGUAUAUAGGAAAUGGCAUAAUAUAGGGAUAACAGGGGAACUUUCCUUGAAAGAGUUGGGGGUUCCAUUCCUCUGCGCCCAGCUGUGUUGUGUAUUGUAAAUAUACAGCACACUGGGUACUACCACAGGUUAAUUUAACAAGUGAUCUGAACUUGCAUGGACACAUCAUAGUACAGUAUAGCAGAGGCAUAUUUGGAAAUGUUAACACUUUUGUGUAUUAACCAUAGAUAACACUUUGGACAUCUGUAGUAAAGUAUGUAGGUUGAUGAGAAAUGUUAUCUUCACUUGCACAAGUAUCUUUAGUUGCAUAUGAUUUUAUGCAAAUCUGUCUUGCUCCUGUGAAGAGGUGCAAUAGACAAUUGACCCACAUUCUUACAUUGAUAGGAAGGAAAAUAUACUUUAUAGCCUUUAGAGAUCCUCUUGCUGCUGCACUUUGCAUAGGACGAUGCUGCAGCUGACACAUACCUCACACUAGGACCAAGCAAGCUCCAUCAGUCAAAUAACUCGUUCUGUUUUAUGAAAUCCUGUUUUAUCCAGUAUCUCCAUUUAGGUUACACUCAUCAUGUUGAAUGAAUGAAACUGUGUUUAUAAUCUGAAAUAGUGUUGGGUCUCGAUUUGCUUGAUCAAGUGUAUUGCAUGAAAAUGACUGUGCAGUGUUAAAUGCAACUUUUGGUAUUUCUGAAAUUUAGUGGGUUUAUCCCUUGAGGUGAUCAUUAGCCAUGUGUUUACUAUUAUCAAAACUUCCAAACUAGCAUGUGAUGUCUCUAAAGUUAGAAAGGUAUGGCUGUAAGCAGUAAUAUAAUCUAGUAGUAUUUGUUUUAAAGGCACAUUCUCUAGACACUUUUUUUUUUUAUAUAUAUAUAUAUAUUUCUCUCAAAUGUUUGCUACACACCCCGAUGUAUUUGUCAAAGAGCAUUAACAAAAAAGUCCAUUUAGUUUGUUGCAGGUUUUCACUGUUUAUAAAAGGUACAUUAAGUGUAUUUCCUUAUCUGUGCAUUACUAAUCAUCCAUAUAAUGUAAAAUAUUAAUAUUCCUUCACCAAACCUUUUCAUACUUGGACCAGGGUGUUUAGUAACAGUUUGCUCUCUAUUUUGGUCCCAAUCAGGCUCUAUGGCUCCUGCAGAGUUGCCAAAGCCGAACCAGUUGCUAUUCGUUGCCUGAGAGUCAGCUGACCACUCUCUGCCAAUGAAUGGCAAGGAAAUGUGCAUAGAAUUUAUAUUGGCCAGCCUGUUACAAUGGAGUUGCCUCUUUUGGCAGCAGAAGGUUUGAACUCUGUAUGUGCAGUGUUUCGUACAGAAACGCGGCACAUACAGACUCCGGGCACCGUGACCACGUCAAAUCCCUUUAGUGGGUAUGGUGUUGGGAGUAACCCUUUAAUUUUAAAUAUCAUCGUGAUUAUGGAGAGCAAGUUUUGUGGAGGUUUUUGGUUUUAUCCCAAUCCUCUGGAUCCCUGUCUGGGGAGAAUCCUGUGCUCCUACGGAUUGUUUUGACAGAGGAAAAGGAUACCAGAGCGUUUGCCCAUUCCAUCACCAGACCUUAUUCUGGCUGAGGGAAGUUACUCUGCUACACCAAUAUUUAACCCCUUAAGGACCAAACUUCUGGAAUAAAAGGGAAUCAUGACAUGCCACACACGUCAUGUGUCCUUAAGGUGUUAAAGAGCUCCUAUGAAUUAAAGAAAGUAACUGUGUGGAACUUUAUGAUCAAUGCUAAGCUUUCAGAGCAUUAAUCUGUUUAUGUAAAUUUCUGCAGUUAAAGGAACACUACUAGCACUAUAACCACUAUGGUGCUCUGGGGCCCAGAGUGGAAGUAGUCAAAAGUUUUGCUAAUCUCUGCCACCAGUAUUGAGUUGUGAGCACCGGAGCCUAGCCCUGCUAUUUCAGUAAAUCUGGUUAAAAGGAAAACUGCUUCUGGCGUCCAGUGGACCCCAGGUGUGUGUUUAAAAAAAAAAAAAAAAAUUACAUCUGUGGAAAACAGUUUGACUACAUUUAGUGAAUGGGGGUGCAGGUCAUUUCUGGGCCAUGAACCUUUCAGCAUGCUGUACUGUCCCUAUAGCCAGGGAGAAUGGUGCCAUGGUACUCUAAGCAACAUAACCACUACAGAUUGUUAUAUAGCUUCGAGAGCCCUUUUUUGCAAAGUAAAACUGGAACUAAAUAAGUAAAACACAAUUUAUUGCAGGGUUAUAUAUGACAAGCUAUAGUUGAGCUCCAUUUUCUGAAUGUCUGCAAAAUCACAUGCAACCAUAAAUCUUUUGUAAAUAGUUCAGCAAUAAAUGGGGGUUGAAGAUACUUGGUGGUUUUUAUUUUUUUUAAAUUAAAUUAUUGGUGUAAGCCUGCAUACAUAAAUUAAAUAAAUAUUCCCUCUAUCUAUAGGAAUCAUGCCUGCCCUAAGACCUCUGAUCAAACCUAAGAUCGUCAAGAAAAGGACGAAGAAAUUCAUUCGUCACCAAUCAGACCGAUAUGUCAAGAUUAAGGUUUGUUUGGCUUCCUAUGUCCUGAGUUGCAUUAUUCUUCUUUUCCUUUCUCAAUGCACUGUUUGUAUGAUAACAAAUAUUUUGUAUUUUGUAGUUCUAUAAAUUAGAUUGAAGUCUCACCUUUCAUGUUAUGUGUUAGCUCAACUGUGCUUACUCUCAUUAAUUCCUUUGCAGCGUAACUGGCGUAAGCCCAGAGGUAUUGACAACAGAGCCCGCAGGAGGUUCAAGGGACAGAUCCUGAUGCCCAACAUUGGUUAUGGUAGCAACAAAAAAACCAAACACAUGCUGCCCACAGGAUUCCGGAAAUUCCUGGUGCACAAUGUCAAGGAGCUUGAGGUUCUGAUGAUGAGCAAUAAGUGAGUACUGGGAAGUAUUUCUAGGUGGCAUAUAGACUAGAAUACUGGGGAUUAUAAUGCUUGCAGUGAGACUUAUGUCCCCUGCACUUUGACGUUUUGAGUCUUUGACCUAAAUUACUCUUAAUCUAAUAACUUCAUUCUUUGUAGGCAUGUUUCCUUGAUGUGAUUAAAAGAUUAUGAAAUAAGGAUUUAUUAAGUAUGACUUAGUUUUCCACUUGUCAUAUUAAGCCCAAAUGAUACUUGCCGAAAAUUAUUUGACUUCUCCACCAGUAUCACUGCUUGGAAAGCCGGGGACUGUAAGCUUUUUGCAAGUGACUUUACCAGUUACUCGGGGUUCAGUUCGAGAUGUGCCAAAGGCUUUUCUCUAGUUUUAAAAUAAGGUUUAGGUGAUAGAUGAUGUAACCAUAAUCCUUUUACCCCUGGAUAACGUGAUUGCUAAAGAUGUAUGAGACUAACAAAUUGGUUUAAAUAUUUUUUUGAAAAUUCAUUAAAAUAUAUACAUCUAGUCUGACUACUGCCCGCAACAUACUGUUUUAAAUCCUAUGUCGCUGCAUACAGUCAUAUUUCUGCAAAUUAUCUUGCGUUUAAGUCUCUCAACAUUGAGAAAUUGUAAUAUCUGUUUUGUGAUGGCUUACUGUUGUCUGUCUUUAUUUUAGGUCGUUCUGUGCAGAAAUCGCUCACAAUGUUUCCUCCAAGAACAGAAAAACCAUUGUGGAAAGAGCAGCACAGCUUGCCAUCAAAGUUACAAACCCCAACGCCAGACUGCGCAGCGAAGAGAACGAAUAA